UUUAAAUGAAGCUCACAAUGAGACCUUCAAAUCCAUACCAGUAAUUUCAGUUUUUGGCCACUCUAGAAAGUCCGAAAAUUGAGACCCAUUUUGAGGGUUUUUGCAUCCUAAGAGUGCCGUUUGCGGCAAAAUGAAGCUCACAACGAGACCUUCAAAUCUAUACCAGCAAUUUCAGCUUUUGGCCACUCUAAGAAGUCCGAAAAUUGAGAUCCAUUUUGAGAGUUUUUGCAUCCUAAGAGGACACGGAUGACAAGUGGCGGAUGACGCUCCUCCACAGGGUUCGAUGGGUUAGUAGACCGUUUCUCAUUUUAUUAUUAUUUAUUUAUUAUUACUUAUUUUUUUUAUAAACCCGGAAUGACACUUAUAAUAUGUAUUGACGUAGGAAAAAAAUAGUGUUGUCCUUAGUUGACCUCGGGUUCGGUUAAGGAUCCAGCUAACGGUUCGGACCUACGGGUUCGGGUCAUUACAAAUUCUCUCUCUUUAAUAUUCUCUCUGCAUCAUGGACUCCUCGUGUAUGUAAUAUUACGGCUCGAAAAAAACUUAUGUUUACAUCUGUAUUUCGAAAUAGGACGACCUGAUUUAUUCUAUAAAAACUUAAUAGAUUAUUUCAUAUUAUAUAUAUAUAUAUAUAUAUAUAAUAUCCUACUUUUAUACAUGUUUAGUCACAAAAUAAAAUAAAGAAUUUUCAAAAUAAAUUAGAAGAUUUACAAUUAUCCAUAUAUAUUUUUACAAGCUUUCAUCCAUCUAGUAUAACAUUUGUUUUUCUUCGCUAAAACGGGUUGUGGGUCAUGACGGGUUAAUCGGACUCAUUUUUAUCCAAAUCAUAUUUAACCUAUUAAAACGGAUUGAAUAUGAGUCACAAUCCAUACUCGACCCAUCAUAUUUAACCAUGACUAAACCUGACCCGUCCUGUCCAUUUGCCAUUCAUAAUAUAUAUAUAUAUAUGUAUAUAUAUGUUUGUGUGUGUGCGCGCGUGUGUAUUUUGCAUAACAUGCGACCUGGGCCAUGUUUUCUCCUCCAAGCUUCCUCGAAGAUGCUUUUCCGCUGGGUGGUUUCCUAGUUCACAUUACUUUUUCCAAUGGCUUGACUUUCAUAGAAGAUGCUUAAUCACAUUUCUUCCGCAGUUGUGGGGCUGUACAUUUUUAAAAUUAAUAUACUUUACUUUACCUUUCAAAAUUACAAAAAACUGACCCUCUUCGCUUCCUUUACGCAUUUCUCUUCUUCACAUAUUAAGGGUGAAAGUCAAGCCAUUGGAAAAAGUAUGAUGUCACGGUAUAUUAAAAACUUUCCGAAUUAAAAAAAAAAAAAAAAAAAUGUAUGAUGGCACGGUCCUGGACCAAGUACAAAUAAUUUCCCUUGCAUGCUUCCUCGAAGUUGUUUUUGUGUGAAUAUAUAUCUAUAUAUAUAUAUAUAUGCAUGUACAUGCAAUUGGCGAUACUGGGCCAUGUUUUUCCCCCAAGCUUCGUCGAGGAUUCUUAUCCGCUGGUGGUUUACUCGUUCACAUUACUUUUUCCAAUGGCUCGACUUUCAUCGAAGUUGCUUAAUCGCAUUUCUUCCUCAUUUGUGGGGCUCUACAGUUUUACAAUAAAUACAGUUAAACUUUCAAAAACACACUCGCCCUACUAGCUUGUUUCUAUUCUCCACAUUUUUGUUACUGUAUCACACUGUCCUUGUCCCCCCUCUGCCACUAGAAAAUGGUUUGCAAAACUCAAUGUUGGAAAAAGUAGAAGGAAAAUCUUUUGCAUUUUUUAUAAUCCAUUUGUAUCAAUAAUUCCAAGUACUAGUAGUAUUCCUUCCAUCUCCCCUAUGUCGUUAGCGGUCGUGCCACAUGGGGUGGCGAGGGCAUGCGGUGGGACGAUUGAUAUGGCAAUGAACGCAACGACUUCUGGAGAAGACACAAUCAUAGGUAUCAACAUGGUGGCACAAGCAGACGAAAUACCGAGCAGUACCAUGGAUCCUCAAUUGUACAGAGCCAUAACAAUUGGGAUCCUAAUUAUGGGUUACUAUUAGUACAAUCAAACAUUUCUUCCAUUCAGCAGCAACUGAGCCCACAAGGGAACACGGUUCUUCACCUCGCCGCUAGUUUAGGCCAUCACCACCUUGUGGAACCCAUCCUCGUGGACUAUCCAGAACCGUUCAGGGCUACAAAUUCGACAGGCGACAUUCCCCUUCAUUUGGCUGCAGCUUCCGGGAAUCUAUCUACACUCAACUCUCUGCUUCGUCAAGCCAAACAGCUCGGAAUUUUUAGUCCCUAGGCCCUCGUGUAUGGAAAUUCGGAGGAGAAUACUGCAUUACAUGCGGCCAUGAAACAUCAUCACUACGAUUCGGCUAUGGUCUUAGUUAAGCAGAACCCACAAGCGUCCACGCUUCCAAAUGGCGAAAACAUGUCUUCCCUGUUUAUGGCUGCCGAAGCAGGGCAACUGGAGCUUGUUAAGGCAAUGAUGCAAAAUGGAUUAGUUGACAUACAAACUGUGGAAGGCCAGUCAGUUGUGCACGCUGCCAUCAAAGCAAGAAACUUGGAUGUCCUAAAGGCUUUGUUGGAGCGGCAAUCAACGUACUUUUGUGUAUAUGAUGGAAAUGGGAGGUCUCCUCUGUCCUAUGCAUCAUCAAUAGGUUACUUUGAAGGCGUUUGCUACUUCUUGGGCAGAAGUGGUUAUGAAGCUGCUACAUACAGAAGAGACCGGGGCGACGAUGGCUCAUUUCCCAUCCAUUGGGCAUCCAAGAUAGGCCAUGUCAAUAUUAUACAAGAGUUUCUCAAACUUCGGCCUGAUUCGAAGGAGUUGCUGGACUAUAACGGUCAGAAUAUUCUUCAUGUGGCUGCCAUGAAUGGGAGAGUCGAUGUAGUCUCUUAUGUGCUUAAGAAGCCCGAGCUUGCAGUGCUCAUCAAUCAAAUAGAUAUGAAAAAGGGAAACACUCCAUUGCAUUUGGCCAGCAAAGGGGAGCAAGCUCGGGUUGUGCAUAUCCUGACGUGGGACAAGAGAGUUAACUUGGAGAUCAGAAAUGAUAAAGGCUUAACUGCUCUAGAUGUUGCAGCCAAGCAUGGAUAUUGGACAACCACAUUUCAAAAGCGGUUGACAUGGUUAGCCCUUAGAUAUGCUGGUGCGACACAAACACAUAAGCGGAACACUAGUCAAGGAAUACAAAAUUUCUAUUACACUGCCAGGGUCAACACUCUUUUGUUGGUGGCGACACUAAUAGCCACCGUGACCUUUGCUGCCGGUUUUACCAUGCCAGGUGGGUAUAAUAGUUCGGAUGAUCAUCCAUACAAAGGCAUGGCAACGCUGGUCAAAAAGCGUAUGUUUCAUAUUUUCGUGUUAAGCAACACCAUUGCAAUGUAUACUUCCAUUAUCGUAGCCGUUCUUCUUGUUUGGGCAAUGCUGAAUGAUCUACAUUUGAGCCUUUGUUCCGUCAAAUUGUCGAUUCCAUUGCUGGGAAUCUCUCUUUCAAUGGUCUCCUUGGCAUUCAUGGCAGCCAUUUCUCUGGUAGUGAGUGACGUAACUUGGCUCGCCAUUGUUGUGCUAAUCAUAGGUUCACUCUCCCUCCUCGGUCUUUGGAUGGUAUUUCUUCCACUUUCCUUCCCCAAUUCCUUGACACAUCGUGUCUCUCUAUACAUCCUCCGCUAUCCACUUUAUCUUUUGAUAUUAGCAACUGAAAAAAGGAAAAAGUGAAGAUGAUGAUGCAGAUCAGAAAUUUCCAACUUUUAAUUUGAAUGCUGUUCGCUUUGUAGUAGUGUUUUCUAAAAGUAAAAAAUACCUCUAAGGCCUUCUCCAACUAAUAAAUUAUUAUAUAUGAGCAUGUAGCUAGUCAGAGCUUGGAUUU